AUGGAGAAGCGGAUCGGCAUGCAGCUGGACCAGGCCAUCCUAGAGGACAUAUUCGUCGCCUCCGGCGCGGGCGCGGGCACGCCGGUCGGGCAGCAGCACGUGCUGUAUGACACGGACGUGGUUGCGCGCAUCUUCUCGGUGUUCUUCAACCUCGAUGACGACAACGAGGAAGACGCCGAGUUCGACUAG